AUGGGCGCGGUCUCGGUACCUCGAUACGAAGCGUUCUUCAAGGAUGAGAGUGGGUUACGAAGGAGUCUGAAAUUUUUGUUGAGCAAGAGCGAGGGGUCCGUGAUCGACGUCAAUCUGCCGAACAAGGCGAAGACGGACGACGUCCUGUCGUGGUUGGACGCGAUCGAGAAAGAUGAAGAAUUGCGAGGACGGGUGCGGGCGAUCGCGCAUUACUCGAUGAAGAAUAACUAUCUCGGGAACGCGGAGGCGCGGGUGCGGAGAGUGAAAAGUUUCGCAAAGGGCGUCGCUUCGCGAGGCGGAGAUCGCGCGUUAUUGGUGUCGGGGAGUGGUUCGAGAGUGUGCGAUACCGUGGAGAUCCUUCGUAGACUGUCGAGCGAUCGUGAGUGGAAGCGAGAGCGCGGAAGUUUUGCGUUCGAUGUCGCGUUUAAUCCGUACUUUCCAGACGCGGCGGAUUUGGCUCGAGAGCGCGAGCGGUUGGCGUUGAAGUUGAAGAGCAACAUGGUUCGCGGGGUUUGGUUUCAGAUAGGAUGUGACUUGAACGCGCUCGAGGCUGGGAUCGAGAGCGCGAGGGCGAUCGCGGGUGACGCGGGUGCGGAAGUGGAACUUUUUGGCAGCGUGUUCCUGCCAACAAAGUCUCUCUUAGCUCGUAUGAAGUUUCGCCCAUGGGCGGGCGUGUACUUGAGCGAGGAAUAUCUUAGUAGCGUCGAGAGCGCUGAGCGGAUCACGAAAGCCCAGCUCGAGGUGUUCGCUCGUCACAGGGUGACGCCGCUCAUCGAGAGUCCAAUUUUGACCGACGCCGAUUUUGCGCAGUGUCAGCGUCUGCUCGGCGUCUCUUCGGGGACCAAGCGCGCACGAGAAACGAAGGACGAUGGAGAAUAG